AUGGCGGCUUCCAUGAUGAGUCACCGUUGCCACAUGCUGCUGCUCUGCGCCGUCCUCCUCGCCGGCGCCGUCCGUGGCCACCCUUGGGGCGGCCUGUUCCCGCAGUUCUACGACCACUCGUGCCCCAAGGCGAAGGAGAUCGUGAGGUCCGUCGUGGCGCAGGCCGUCGCCAGGGAGACCAGGAUGGCGGCGUCAUUGGUCAGGCUGCAUUUCCAUGACUGCUUCGUCAAGCUCUGA